AUGCAUAAACAUAAUGUAUCACACAAUACUCGUUGUUUUCGUUUUCGAUUACCCACAACCGAACAUGUUUUGGGCUUACCCGUAGGUCAACAUAUUUAUUUAACAACACAUAUCAACGGUGAUCUCGUUAAAAGACCGUAUACACCAACAACAUCUGAUGAUCAAAAAGGUUACUUUGAUUUGGUGAUUAAAGUGUAUCCACAAGGUAAAAUGAGUCAAUAUCUGGAUGGGUUAAAAUUGUAUGAUGCUAUCGAAGUGAGUGGUUUCUCUGGCAAUUUGAUGUAUAAAAACAAUGGCAUUUUUGAUAUACGUAAACGUAAAUCCGAGCCCUUUAAAUCAAAACAAAUUCAUCAUUUGGGUAUGAUUGCUGGGGGAACAGGUAUAACACCCAUGUAUCAAUUAUUACGUCAAAUAUUAAAAGAAGACGAAACAAUAGAUUUAAAAUUAUGGCUGCUGUUUGCCAAUCAAACUGAAGAAGAUAUUUUAUUGCGUGAAGAAUUAGAAGUAUUGGCCAAGACACAUUCAGCUCGUUUUCAUCUAUGGCAUACACUCAGUCGUUCGCCACCAUCACGGGAAUGGAGUUAUAGCAUCGGACAUGUGAAUGAACAAAUGCUGCGUGAUCAUAUGCCACCGCCAAAUAGUGAUACACUUAUUUGCUGUUGUGGACCACCACCAAUGGUAAAGAAUGCAUGCAUACCUAACCUGGAAAAAAUUGGCUAUAUAGAAACGAUGAGAACAGAAAGAACAUUUGGAACGGCUGUUAUUGGACAUAAUCGCGAUGAUGAUGAUAAUGGUAAUGAUGACGACAUAAUUUCAAUGGUUGAGGCUGUUGGAUGUAAUAAGUCUUAA